UUGGAUUGUGCCGCAUGUGAAAUCCAGAACGUCUUCUAACAGGCACUCGAUACUAGACAAUUGAGUUUGUGUAUCUACAGUGUGCAUCAGUUCAAGUGCUACCAUUUAACGACUAUUUUAGAUAUAUGGUUAUUUAACGCUUGUGCACCUAUUCUAACGGUAUACUUUAGGUUUAUUUCCUAUCGACAGAGGCAAAAUUCACGAUGACUAGUUUUGCAAAUGUGAACCAGUCGUGUCCACCCCAGCUAUUGGAAAUUUCAAAUCCACCUGCAGUGCGGCCGCUGGAUAUUUUAUAAACAAAUAGGCAAUAUUCAUGGUAUUCACAACACCAAGCUAUUAGAAGACCAUUUGGAAAUAAUAAAGGUGUGAAUCUCGUUAAUAUUCGGUAUGAGCAAUAUACCGCGGAAAAGUGAUCGUACACGCGAUGCUGCCUCGAGAUCGAGAUAAACAAACAAACUUUACCAGCGUGAAUUGGUGAUUGUUCGAUGAGCAACACGACGUACGACGAACACAAUACCACUCGGUUCCAUCUGAAUGGCUGGACAAUAGAGCCGAUCGAACGGAUGUGCUUUGCAGUCGAAUGUGCUUUGACAAAUUCUCCUCGAUUUGGCUUAGGAUUAUGAGAUAAUUUCCAGAAAAAAAUACUAUUUGCACAAAAAUACUCGUAUAAAGAAGAAGUUACAGUCCGAUUGCAGCAAAAUUCAAUAGGGUGUUAUGAGGCAGCUAGACCUUUCAUUUGAUACUAAUUCUGUGGAAAUCGGUUCAACCAUCUCUGAGAAAAUUGCUGUAAAAUGAACUAUCCGCCGUUCGCCACCGCAGCUUCAGUUGCUCAUUAAGAUGGAAAUCCGUCUCGAUGAUAAAUGUGCUCCGAAGAAUAUAUCAUUGUCUCAGUCGCAAAUGGACUUGAACCGUAGCAGUAGUUUCGACGGUAUUUUAUUAGGAUCAUCACAGUCUGCAACGCAUUUGGUGCUGCCAACUUUAGCAACGAAAAUAUCGAAACUUCUGACAGAUUUUAGUUUCUCGUCUUCAGCUUUACCUCAACCGUUUUCUUUGGCGCGUUCUAGUGAUCCAGUAGUUGAUUCUGAUUUUAGAAGUAACAUCAGCACCGUUUCUAACGUAAACAUAAGCACUUUGUUGUCGUUAAAUAGCUUUGUGACGUUUAAUUUUAGUACCAUUGAAACGGACUUAGCCGCAACGGCUGACGAUCAGAACCGUUCGAAUGGAAGUUUUGUUGUCGGGUCACCUGUCGGCUGUGGGGAACAUAAACUCGUGGAUUUUACAAACGUGUUCGAAGAAGGAGUUCAUCUGGGUAUCGGUGAGGACAUUGUGGAACUUAGUCAAGAAUUGGAAGUUUCGGAAACGAUGAAUAACGGUACCGGGCAACAGCAACUUUUGAUUACCAACUGGCAGGAUUGUGCGAUUGUGGUAUUGUUUUGUUUGCUGAUUGUGGUGACUGUGAUUGGUAAUACGUUGGUGAUUCUUUCGGUAAUUACGACACGGCGGUUACGAACUGUGACGAACUGUUUCGUAAUGAGUUUAGCUGUAGCCGACUGGUUAGUGGGAAUCUUUGUGAUGCCACCGGCAGUUGCGGUUCAUUUAUUGGGAUCGUGGCCGCUUGGAUGGAUACUGUGUGAUAUAUGGAUCUCAUUAGAUGUUCUACUGUGUACAGCGUCAAUCCUUAGCUUAUGUGCAAUUAGUAUAGAUAGAUAUUUGGCAGUAACACAGCCACUAAAUUAUUCCCGCCGCAGACGAUCCAAGCGACUGGCGCUUUUAAUGAUCCUGGUUGUGUGGGUUCUCGCUUUGGCCAUCACUUGUCCGCCUAUCCUCGGCUGGUACGAACCGGGCAGACGAGAGCUGGACCAGUGUCGAUACAAUCAGAACGAGGGCUAUGUGGUAUUCUCUGCUAUGGGCUCGUUCUUUAUUCCUAUGGCAGUUAUGAUCUACGUAUAUGUACGGAUUUCCUGUGUUGUCGCAUCCCGUCACGACAAAAUGACAGAGAUUGAGGUUCACAAGAAAAGCCAUCGAACGCGUGAUACCGACGAGGAAUGUUAUCAUUUCGCAUCCGAGAUCGAUCCGGCACAGAUGAGCCCCAAGCGUAAGCGGUCCUCAUCCCAGCUUUCAACUGCGACCACAACCUAUGUGACCCAUUUAGGUGGCGGCUCUUGCAGCACUACUGCGCUUGGUGGGGACGAUUGUGCGAAGGGUAGCAGAAAGAACCACAAGAAUGGGCAUUACGAGCUUGUCGACAUCAAGCCAACAGUAAAAACCGCAACCAGCGCUGAUAUACGAGGUAGUAGCGGAGAGGCGGGACUUGAUGAUGAAGGUAUUGGCGAUGGCGAUGGGUCUCAAUGCAGCCAACUACCGCAACAGCAGCAGUCACAUCAGUUCUCGGCGAUAAAGCGUAACUCGUCCAUGCACUACAAGCUCGCUUCAACAACAGAGCUCUGGUCAUUGGCCAAUAACGUUUUCAAUCAACAGCCAAAACCACAAACGACAAAUCAAUCGGGUGGUCUGCGACGCACCAAUACCAUUAGUAACUCAAUUAUGGCAACUACUACCACAGUGACUACCGGACGCAAUAUGCGCAUCCAUCAGAAGUCACUUUCGUCGCGAAUCCUUUCAAUGAAGCGCGAGAAUAAAACAACGCAAACGCUCAGCAUCGUGGUUGGUGGAUUCAUCGCCUGUUGGCUGCCUUUCUUCAUUCUUUAUCUUCUAACACCGUUUCUACCACAGGAAUUGGCUGCUCCGAAACUUGGGGAAUUCUUCACUUGGCUCGGCUGGAUCAACAGCGCCAUUAAUCCGUUCAUAUAUGCUUUCUACAGUGUCGAUUUUCGGGCCGCUUUCUGGCGUCUCACGUUGCGUCGUUUCUUUAGAAACAGUGAAAAAGCUCCAUUCGCCAACAUCCAUAACAUGUCGAUGCGACGAUAAAAUGAAUGAAGCACAAACCUGUUGCAUAAAUGCCUAAGUAUGUUUAAUUUAUGGUUAUGUUGGUGCUGUCGUUGUCGCUCCGAUAGGCUGCAGCUAUACCAUUUUAAACACGGCAGGAUUGAAUAAUGAUGAAUCCUCACCUGUCCUGUAUAGUUUUUACUCUCAUCGUUGGCUUUAACUUAGUAUAGUUAAUUUAAUUAAUUACUCCAUAAUUCAAUGGUAGUGAAUAAAUAUAGUCUUGAUUAGGUGAAUAAAAUUCUCAUAUCAUGGGAUUGUAAUUCUGUUUA